UCACAUAAAACAUAUAAAUUUCCUUUGGUGUCUGUGUAAUUAGCCACCCUAUCCCUAUCGUGACACUGAUACCCCUUUCAAGGGAAAACAGAAAUAUGGGUGGAGCUUUGCAAAAAUUUGCUGCUGGAAGUGAGGAAAAGGCUAAAGAAAUCAAUGAAAUUAUAGAUAAAUGCUAUGACGCACAUUUUACCACGGAGCAGAUGAACUAUGUUGAAUUCUUUCGAGCAGUUUGCGAAACUGUCGAAGAUAUCAACAAAAAGCUCGGUAACACACAAUUUCGUGUACCGAAGACCACAACACUCACCUUAGCCUACAAGAAACAUUUCAAAAGCAAAGAAAAAUCAUUGAACAAGGAUGAGUUUCAGGAUAUGCUCAAAGAAGUGAUUUUUGAUACAGGAGUUACUGGCAUUGGUGGAGCAAAAGAUUUAAUCCUUUACAUCUUUGGUGUCCCAAUAACUACAUUUGUUAUCAAGCAAAGCAUAAUGCCACGUGCAAUUCCUAAUGAAGUUUUCAUCCCAAGCAUCACUUCAGCCACAGUCUUCAUUCUUGCCAAACUCAACAAGAUAUGAAAAAUAUGCAAUUGUAUUGGUUAAAAAAACAGGUUUACUAAGGACCAUUGAAUGGAAAUUAUAAUGUUGUAUGAUCUUCUAAUACUUGUUAUUUAUUACAUGGAGUCGACACAAGGCAUAUAUGCUCUUGUACUUGGCUCAAUGAUUAAUA